UUCAAGUUAAAAUAGUCGUCCGUCCUCCCUUUAAUUUUUCCACUAAAAUCAAAUCGUAGAAUAUUGUUCCCACCAUUCUUAUCAUCUCCUUGGCGUCUUUCAAUUUCCUUUUUUAAUCUGUAAUAACAAAAUAAUAAUUAUAAUUAUCUUCCAACAUUGGCGUCUGUCUCUUUAUUUCUUGAAUCAUUCAUUCCCAAAUCUGUGUUGUUGAGAUUCAGAUGUAUCCUUCUCUUGAUGAUGAAGAUUUCGUCUCUGAUUUCUUUUGUUUCGAUCAAAGCAAUGGAGCAGAAAUCGAUGAUUACACACAGUUUGGUGUAAAUUUGCAGCCUGAUCAAGCUGAUGAUACUUUCCCUGAUUUUGGAUCAUACGGUGUCAAUCUGCAGAACGAACCAGAACAAGUUUUCAGCAUUGGAGAUUUGACUUCGUUUAGUGUGCAGGAAGAUGAAUUAGUUGUUAAUUCUGGCUCAUCUGGUGGAGCUGUUAAGCAAGAGCAAGAACUUGUAGUAGAUGAGGAAUGCUCUAGAAAGCGGGGAAGGAGUGGAUCUUGUGUCAAGCCAGGAGGAACCAAAGCUUGUCGUGAGAGGUUGAGGAGGGAGAAGCUAAAUGAGAAGUUUAUGGAUUUGAGCUCGGUUUUGGAGCCUGGGAGGACUCCAAAGACAGAUAAACCGGCUAUAAUCGAUGAUGCAAUCCGUGUCUUGAAUCAACUCAGAGAUGAAGCUCAUGAGCUUGAAGAAACUAAUCAGAAGCUCUUAGAGGAGAUCAAGACUCUCAAGGCGGAGAAAACAGAGCUGAGGGAGGAGAAGCUAGCGUUGAAGGCUGAGAAGGAGAAGACGGAGCAGCAGUUGAAGUCUAUGAUGGUUCCUCCAUCAACAGGGUUCAUGCCUCCAUUUAAUCAGAACAAGAUGGCUGUUUAUCCGAGCUACGGUUACAUGCCAAUGUGGCAUUACUUGCCUCAAUCAGUUAGUGAUACAUCUCGUGAUCAAGAACUCAGGCCUCCUGCUGCUUAAAACUCUCCAUUUGGUACUAGAAAUUUAGAGAGAUCUCUAUCCACUUGGUUUUACAAUUCUUCUGUUUGGCAAGUGUAAAAGCUUUUACUCUUUUGUCUUUGGGUUGUAUUUUCAAUAAAAUGCACAUAAAGUCCAGAAACUUGCCGUUCCUGGUGGAUUUUUAUGCAAAAAGAGACUAUGACUUUGAUGUAUGUUGUAAAAGCUUAAGGUGGGGUCAAAAAAGAGGAGCGAUAUGCUCUCGUUGAGAGUCGAACUCAAGACCUCCCGCUUACUAAACGGGUGCUCUAACCAACUGAGCUACGAGAGCAACUCAUUGAGACAUUUCUCUUGUAAAUUUAUAUUUUUACUAUCUA